GGAUUUUUCCAGGCCGCGCCCACGGCAGGAGGGGUUGUUCUAGAGCACGCCCCUUCCUUGUUCGCGCGGAAAGAGAACCAAAAUGGAGGAGUAAUAAUCAUGAUUAAAUUGAGCGAGCGCAACUAAUCACGCGAAGAGGGCCGCGGGAGGGCCGCCUUCCGCAAGCGUGCUUCGAGACCUCCGCUUCCCACCUAUUCGGCGGCGCCCUGUUGUUUCUGCGCCUGCGCGCUGCUUCCCGCGAGCUCACGGGCGGAGCGAACACGCACAGAGUCGCAGGGGCGCGCAAAGGGGGAGGAGCGGGCGUGACCAGGCGCGCGCGCGUCUGGAGUGACUCUAGAGAGCAGAUCAGAUCAAACAUUGUCUGGCUUGCACUGUAAAACUAGUUAGCUGACGGCGACUUCUCAGGUUUCUUCAGGAUGCCUGCAGCACUUGUGGAGAAUAGCCAGGUUAUCUGUGAAGUAUGGGCCAGUAAUCUAGAAGAAGAGAUGAGGAAGAUCCGAGAAAUCGUGCUCAGUUACAGUUAUAUUGCCAUGGACACAGAAUUUCCAGGUGUUGUGGUGCGACCAAUUGGUGAAUUUCGUAGUUCCAUAGAUUACCAGUAUCAGCUUCUGCGGUGCAAUGUUGACCUUUUAAAAAUUAUCCAGCUGGGCCUUACAUUCACAAAUGAGAAGGGAGAAUAUCCUUCUGGAAUCAAUACUUGGCAGUUCAAUUUCAAAUUUAACCUUACAGAGGACAUGUACUCCCAGGAUUCCAUAGAUCUCCUUGCUAACUCAGGACUACAGUUUCAGAAGCAUGAAGAGGAAGGGAUUGACACACUGCACUUUGCAGAACUGCUUAUGACAUCAGGAGUGGUUCUCUGUGACAAUGUCAAAUGGCUUUCAUUUCAUAGUGGCUAUGAUUUUGGCUAUAUGGUAAAGUUGCUUACAGAUUCUCGUUUGCCAGAAGAGGAACAUGAAUUCUUUCAUAUUCUGAACCUUUUCUUCCCAUCCAUUUAUGAUGUGAAAUACCUGAUGAAGAGUUGCAAAAAUCUUAAGGGAGGUCUUCAGGAAGUUGCUGAUCAGUUGGAUUUGCAGAGGAUUGGAAGGCAGCACCAGGCAGGCUCAGACUCACUGCUGACAGGAAUGGCUUUCUUUAGGAUGAAAGAGUUGUUUUUUGAGGACAGCAUUGAUGAUGCCAAGUACUGUGGACGGCUCUAUGGCUUAGGCACAGGAGUGGCCCAGAAGCAGAAUGAGGAUGUGGACUCUGCCCAGGAGAAGAUGAGCAUCCUGGCGAUUAUCAACAACAUGCAGCAGUGAUGGCGCCAGGCUCUGCAGGUUGGGCCUGAUCCCAGAGUGGUGCUUACUGUGCUGACUGUGUACUUACAAGAGAAAAUGCUUCUUUUGAGCAAACUGUACCUACCAUCUGCAUUGAGCAGAAAGACUUUUGUUUUACUGAAGACAAAAGAUGUCUUUAUUUUAGACCCAGAAGAGAGGAGUUUGCUCUGAAUUUGUAAGUAAGUCUUCCCCCUUCCUCAUCCCUGAGCCUCUCCUCUCUGGUUGCCUCCUGCCACCAGCAUCCAUGGCUCAUUUGACACCUUUUUAAAUAUCCAGGACAAGUCUGAAACAAACUAGUAAAAUGUAUAUAACUCUUACCUGUUGUCAUUCUUUUUCUUUUAAAUUUGUUGCUAAUCUCUGAUAAUGAAGAUUCUUACUCUGAUUCUCAGCUGAGCUGUGAGGGCUUCCAGGGAAAAUGGAACAAAAUGGUGUUCUUAUGUAAUGGGUUGUAGAUACUGAGUCUUCCUUUCCUUUUCUGACCCUUCUUGAGGACAUUUGCUUUCCUCACACUUUUGUAGUCUUUCUUUACAUAUUACUAUAUGGAAAUGAAUUGCUCUGUGCUGAAAUUUGAAGACCAGAAAAUGAAACUUAAAAGCAAACAAUUUUACUGAAUCUGUGUACCCUUCAUUCAUGAGAACUCCAGAAUGAGUGUUGACCACUGAAGCAUCUUUUAAGUCUGUGUUCCAUUGUGCCACUCAGGUUUGCCGUUGCAUACGCAUCAUCUGAAAUCAUUUGAAAUUUUUGUACAAUAAAAUAUCCUGGAUUUGAUCCCAAAUGAAACUAGUAAGAUCAGAUUUUUGGGUCAUGUCUGUUGUAUUUUCAGUAAUGUGAUUUCAGAUAGUCAUCUGGAUUCUCCCACUUCUCUAUUUUCUCUACUUUUCCUUCCAGCAAACCUGAAACAUUAGGGAGAUGGAUUAAUGUGAGUACCAGGAAUGUCUUUAAAAAGCUAGAGUGGUUACGUUUAAUCAGGCAGUAAGAUAAUUUGGGUUCUUGAGUUGUUUUGGAGCAAUAUCCCACAACUGGGAUAGGAAGCUCAGGACUUUUUUUUUUUUUUUUUUUUUUUUUUUUUAAAGCUAGUCAUUUCAAAAGUAUAUUAUAUUUUUUUGAAUGACCACAGUAUGGACAAUUUCAAAAACCAAAACUCCCUUUGGAUUGGUGGAAAUAAAAACUGGUAACUCACUCAAGUGAAUGAAUGGUCUUGCAUUUUAAAAGCUUAUGGGAAACUCAAUUUGAAAUGAUUAAAAAAUGUCAAGUAUUAUAAGCUGGUAUUUAAGAUGCUUGUAAAUAUUAUUUAUGUUUUUAAUUUUGUAAAAUAAAGAUUUCUUUUUAACCACUGGCA